GAGCCGGGGCUGGCGCGGGGUGCGAUGGCGGACUGGGCCCGGGCUCAGAGCCCUGGUGCUGUGGAAGAGAUUCUAGACCGGGAGAACAAGCGGAUAGCUGACAGCCUGGCCUCCAAGGUCACCAGGCUCAAAUCGCUGGCCCUAGACAUUGAUAGGGAUGCAGAGGACCAGAACCGGUACCUGGAUGGGAUGGACUCGGAUUUCACAAGCAUGACCAGCCUGCUUACAGGGAGCGUGAAGCGCUUUUCCACGAUGGCAAGGUCUGGGCGAGACAACCGGAAGCUUCUGUGUGGUGUGGCCGUGGGCCUAAUCGUGGUCUUCUUCAUUCUCUCCUACUUCUUGUCAAGGACAAGGACGUGAGCCAGUGGGAGCUGGCUUCUGUGGUUGCCAAUGGUAGCCCAGGUCUUCCCCACCCGGUCUCCUGGGCUCCCGAGGACUUAAGUACAAGAUAUUCCCUUGAAAUUGCAAUCGUGGGUUAGGAAUCUUCCUAUGUGGUAGGAGCCCGCGGCUGCCUCUGACCUGAUGAGUUCAUGCUGGCUGGUCCCAUGUAUAGAAAGGACCCUUUCCUUUGGGGAAACCAAGGCCCAGUCUCCACCCCCAUCCCUAGGUGCUAGAGACACCAGCAGAGCUGGGGCCACAGUGUGUCAGGAGGAGCCCGGAUUGAACAGCUGUUGAAUCCUGGAUGUGGUCACCUGUGCCCGACAGCUCUUCUCCCACGUCUCUGAGCUCUGGCAUGUUAAGGCCCCUCUGGCGUGUCCUCAUCUGAGUGAGGCCAUGUUUGUGGUCUGAGGUAUCUGGAGCUGACACAGGAAGGGUCUGUGGCUGUGAACCCCGAGUGAAUGCCAUCUCCUCCGACCGAGGGUCCUCGGCCUGGAGAUGGCAGUUGCUUCUGGCCGAGGUUGCUGAGCACAGGCAUACCAGUGCAGGCCAGACUUCCUGCUGCAAGUCCUCUGUGCAUGCCUCCCAGUCCUGUGGAUGAAGCCAGAGCCCUUGGAAGGACAGGGCUUGUGGAGCAAGGAGUGGACACAGCCUUGGCUUUAGCUACUGGGCCGGGAUCCUCCUGGGUCAUGUGGCUGUGUAUCCAGGAGCAGAAACUUGAAUUCUCAGGUUUCAUGAUCCACCCAGCACCAAAGAUAGGUUUCCAGGAGAACAGACCUAGAAAUGGGCCAGUCUGGCAUUUCAGGGUCAGGCAGAGUAUGGGGUGGGGGGCUUCCCUGUGAGGGCCAUCUUCGUGGGUCCUGUAGGCCACCUGCUGAGACUUGUUGCCACACAGUUUACUGGUAUCUUUCACUCCCCACCAGGCCCAGCCAGUCUCCCUGGCUAUGAUGGAGCCCUGUGCCACCCUCCUUGUCCCCAGCUUCUGCAGACUGCCUUCCCACCCGCCUCUCCCUGGGCCCUCACUGCCCACUGGUCCUGGCCGACAUUCCCACGAACCAAACCCCUGGGCUGGCAGGGCAGCAACUUUUUCCCACCUCAAGGUGAGGUCCCAGCCCCCUUGCCUUGGCCCGAAAACACCUUUAGGAAAGGAGCCAAGUGGCCGUGUUCCCUUCUCUGUCCUUGUUCCCAUCUUCUGCCUCCUGGUCAUUCCCUCUCACUGUCCACUCACUGGUGUGACCACACCAUAUGUCUUGCCCAUGCAGAAGUGCCUCUGAGCUCCAGGCUGACCACAGAUGAGCCACAGCCCCACCUUGUUCUGACCUGUAGCUCUGAGUCUCCUCGCCUCCCUCCUCUCUUCCACACAGCAGGCCCACCCUUUUCCGCACACGCUCACGACAGCCCCUUCCCUCUUCACCUGGCUUGGAGGAGGGUCUGCCUGCUUCCUCCCCUACCCAGUGUAAGUGCACAUCUCACCCUGGAGGUGGGCUCAUCUGUCUCUUGGUCUCUG